AUGCGCAGAGGACGGAUACUUCUAUAUGAACACCUUGUUAAACAUGGAAUCGCUUCGGAUGGAGAAUGUUAUUAUGUUUGUGCUGGAGAUCACCUUGAAUCAUGUGGGAGUUUAGAUUUUAUCGCCAUCUACCAAGUUGGCCUAGGUGUUUGUGAAGACCCUGGUACCCCUAAUAAUGGAUUCAGAUUCAAUGAAAUCGGCUCUCUGCGCUACGGCAGCAAGAUAUACUUUAACUGCUCCGACGGGUACACACUAGAAGGCCCUGACGUUAUCCAAUGCGUGCAGAUAUACGGUCGCAGAGAAGAUGUUGGCAUUGGCAACAUCACCCAUGCCGUUAUGUGGAACCAUGUUCUCCCAAAGUGUACAGGAUUCAGUUCGACUACACCCUCUUCUGCGACUACCAAGGGCGGAGGGCAAGCUAACCCAGUGACAUUCAUUCAGACAACUGACCAAGGGCAGCAUAGUGGAUCCAGUUCGUCUACACCCUCUUAUGUGACUUCCAAGGGCGAAGGGCUCACUAACCGAAUGGUAGUUAUUGAGACAGCUGGCACAGAGCAGCAGGGUGGUAAAUAA